AUUGCUCGGUUUCUAUUAUGAUAUCUUGAGUUUUAUGCAUGAGGUGACUGUCUUGAGUAAGUGGUUGAGUCAAGUCUAUGUUGGUUGAUGAACAGAAGGGAGACUCCUCAUUUACUCGAUUUUGCUGCACUCAAAUGUCUUCUGUGGUGGUUGUCCAGGUUGCUAUUGAAGUUGUUCAUGUAUUGAUGUUUGAAAGCCAGUAUGAUUCACGUGUUCUGUGCCUAUAUGAUUUGUCCCCAAUGUUGGUAUGAUUGAAAUAUGUGAGCUUACCUUGUGUCUGACUUGGUUUGCUUGAGGACAAGCAAACGGUUAAGUGUGAGGGAGUUUGAUAGACCGUUAAUUGCACAUGUUUUUACCCCUAUUCUUGAGACGUUUGAGAUGUUGCUUCUCGUGUUUUAGACUGAUUUCACGCUAGAUUUUGCUUGUUUGUGAUAUUUCAGGUCCUAGUACGUGAAUGAAGGUUUGGGAGCGAGUUCGGGGUCGAUUGGACGAAGAUCGGACGUGUAGCGAGUCGCUGAGGGAGCCACACGGGCACUCUUAAACCCACACGGCCGUGUAAGGAACCAAAUUGGCCGUGUGGGAUUUAGCGAGGCUUCACACGGGCAUUCUGGAGAUUCCACACGGUCGUGUGUCCCUGGCUGUGUAGGUAGCCUGAAGUCCAUUUAUUUGAAACGCAGCGUUUUGACACUCACACGGGCAUCUGGGUAAGCCACACGGCCGUGUGGCCUGCCCGUGUGAGUCGGGAAUUCUGGUUUUAACCCAAUUUCGAGACACAAGUGAGGGGAUCGACUUUUUAGAGCAAAAACAGAGCCCUAGAGAGAGAAAGAGCGAAGAACACACCCUAGAAGCGAUCUUGGAGUUGGGUUUCAUCAAAUCGAGCUUGGAGAUCAUCAUAGGAGUGAGAAUCAUCAUCCCAGAGCAGAUUCUUCCCAUUGUUAUGAGUAUGACUGCUUUGUAUUCUGUUUUUCUCUCUCUCUAUGGAGUAGACCCUUCUCUCACUUGGGUAUGAAGAACCCUAGUUCCAUGUGUUAGGGAUCAUGAUUGUAAUGACUUGGGAUUGCUAUACUGUUUGGUUUUAAUCGAAUGAUGCAUAAUUCAUUGAAUUGAUUGAAGUCUCAUCAGCUUUUCUUGAUUUCUGCUGCAACUUGAGAUAGAUAGAAUCUGAUUUGGUUGUGAGAGCUUCUUCAUUCGGUAGUAGUAGAUUGGCUAUACGAGAGUUAGUCAGUCUACUGCUUUUUACUGGAAUCCAAUUCCAGUAGUGGAGUUCUGUGCUUAUUGCUUCAGCUUUCUAUCCCGGUGAAGACUAGUCGUCUGCCGGGUAGUUAGACUGAGAGGGCUUGGUCAGCUUAAGAGAUUCCAAGCUACUGUCGGAUCUUCCGCAGUUUAAUCAACAGUAAAUCAACCCAGGGUAAUUACAACUGAAACCUAACUAAGGAGCUAGGGGGACUCAUUCCCGAGUGACUCUUCCUUGCUUCAGAAACCGAACCAAUUCCUGCUUUCUUACUGCUUUUAGUUAAACAACAAUCAAUCGACUUAGUUGGCUAGAUAAUAGAUAAUCACGGAGUUGGCAGUAGAUCUAGACCCCGGGUUGAUAAUUAGAACUUGCCACUAUUCUGCAUUUCCGGACUGCGAUUACACUUGGUCGCAGUUUGGUGUUGUGUCGUAGUGUGUCAGUGAACCACAUAUUCAAGGCGCUUAGGGACUUAUUUUGGGCAACAGUAUAUGAAACUAACAAACCUGAAUACAAGAGUGUCCUGAAAGUCAUGGAAGGCAUUCAACAAAGUGGAGUUGACAUGAGUCUCUUGAAGGAUUUCUUGGAUAAUGAGCCCGAGACAUUUUGCAGGGCUUUCAUGAGCCACGUACCUAGAUGUGAUUCUGUAGAAAGCAACAUCUGCGAGACCUUUAAUGGAUAUAUUCUGGAAGAAAGGGAAGAUGGGAUCAUUGAUAUGUUGGAAGGGAUUCGUAAGAAGCUCAUGGUGAGGUUUGUCGACAAGAACAAGCAGAUUGCUAGAGUUCAAAGAGCUUUCUGCCCAAGGAUAGAGAAGAGGCUUAUGGUGGGUGUGGAGAUGGCCAAGAUGUGUACAGUGAACCCUGCCUUGAAUGAUAAGUUUGAAGUUGUUGUUGAUCGGAAGGGAUUUGUGGUAGACAUGGAAGAGCACUCAUGCACGUGUGGUUACUGGGGCUUGACUGGGAUACCUUGCCACCAUGUUGUUUGCAUUCGUCUUGUUUCAGAGAUUGGAGGUGGAUGCAUUUGUUAGUCAUUUCAUACAGGGUUGAGGUGUACAAGCAGGCAUACAAGCAUGGUAUCCCCACCUUGGAAGGUCAUCAAGCUUGGCUAGACGCUGAAGGGUAUCCUGUCUACCCUCUCAAGUUCAAAAUACAGCCUGGCCGGACCCAAAAAACAACAAAGGAAAUCUCUUGGAGAAAUUGAGGCAGUGAACCAUGGUCCUAGUGGUGUUUCUGUAAGAAAUAAAAGGGUUGUGAUGCAUAGCAACACGUGCAAAUCACCGGAUCACAAUGCUAGGACUUGUCCGAAUGUUCAAAAUCAAUAGGUAACUAUUCUUUCAUACAUAAAAAAUGUGUUUUGAGCAAAAUUUUGGUAUUCAUAAAUGCUUUUUUGGUUCGACCAGAAUGUUGGUGAAAGAAAUAUGGAUUAAAGCAAAGUUGGGGAUGGAAGAAGAACUGUAGAUGAAGGAAGAGCUGGACUUGAGGACAGAAGGGUUCGACAUAUAGGUCCUGCUCCAGCUGAGGAAGGGCAACCCUCACAAGUGAGAAGGGGCAGGAGGUUUUUCUCCAAGUGUGGAGGAGAUUAUCACAAUGCUAGAACAUGCCAUCUGGUUGGGGGUAUUCAGGUAUGCAAAAUUUUGGUUGAGAUGCUUCAGAUGUUGAGAAUAUCUAAAUGGAUUAAUAGUUGUGCUGAAUUCAGUUCAUUUGGAAUGCUCAAGUUAACCGUGCAGUGCAAUAAACGUGCUUUAGCCAUGGAGAUAAGGAUGGUAGGUGUUGAAUUUAGGUGAUUUCGAUUGUGUUAUUAUGCAGCUUAAUUUAGUACACUAAUAAGUUUAUGUUUUGCAGGCCAACCAAGGAGUUGGUGUGCUUCACACUGAGCUUUGUAACACUUAUGUCGUCCUCAAUGGUCCUACUGGAGGAGGCAGGACAUUGCGGAGUGGAAGGACUCGACCAGAUAUAGUGGCAGCAGCUCCUCCGACAGAGAUUGAUCAAGGUGGAUCACAGCCACCAAGGACACAACCUUUGCAUCAACAAUAGGAUGUAGUGUGAACUAGUAGAAGUAGUAGUAUAUGAAAAAAUGUAAUAUAUUUUGAUGCCAUUGCAUGCGUAUUUGAUGCCAUUAGAUCAAGGGAAAUUGCAAAUUUUCCAUACAUUGGAUCUACUUUUAGGCAUGGACAUGAAAUGGCUACCAGUGUUAUGUCAAGAAAAGGAUGUUGGAAAUGAUGUAUUCAGAAUGUUAGGUAAACGAUGCUGAAAAUGAUGAUGUUGAAUAUCAACUUUUAGGUAAACCUGUGUUGUUCGUUUUAGUCAAUGAUGAUGUUACCCGCUUUUACAGUUAAGAUAAACAGCAAGAAUGACAUACCAACUUGUGAAUAAACAGACAGAUUGUUA